UGCGUUGCCAGCGUUUCACUCUGUGGCUCAGCACUGCGACAAACGAACUCAGAAUGGAUGUCCAUCGAGUGUACAACACCAACCAAAUGGAUUAUGAUAUUAAUCAUGCGAAUUCCAAACAUGAUAAAAUGUUGCCCUGCAACGAAGACCGCGUCGAUAGCGGAUUGGACUCCCUAAAAGAAGAGGAAUAUAACAGUAUUGUGAAACAUAUGGAAAGUAUGAAUAUGGAAACGAGAACUGCAAACGACAUCGACGACGAACCAUGGAAAAAAGAAGUUACAGAGGACGGAGACACGUUUCUCCAUCUGGCCAUUAUUCACGAAGCUACUGAGGAGACGAUUCAGAUGAUUAAUCAGUCACGCGGGGACCCGUUCCUCAACAUACAGAACAAUCAGAGACAGACCGCCCUGCAUUUGGCAGUGAUCAUGGAACAGCCCCAAGUGGUGGAGAGGCUACUAAAGGCUGGCUGUGAUCCUCGGCUGGUGGAUGACUCAGGAAACACCGCACUUCACAUCGCCUGCAAGAGUGGGUCUCUGUCUUCCUUUGGCGUGCUGACCCAAGUCUGUCCCACUUACUUGCCUUCUAUCCUCACAACUCCAAAUUACAGUGGUCUCAACUGCCUCCACCUAGCCUGCAUCCAUAGCUUCCUCUCAUUGGUGGAAAGCCUCCUUAGCCUUGGAGCAGAAAUUGAUGCACAGGAGCAGUGCAAUGGACGCACCGCCCUCCAUCUGGCUGUGGACCUCCAGAACCUUGAGUUAGUUCGGCUGCUGGUCGCCAAGGGUGCCGACGUGAACAGCCUGACCUAUGGCGGGUACUCACCAUACCACCUGACCUAUGGACGGCAGAAUACUGAGAUCCAGCUGCAGCUGUAUGCCCUGACUUCUCAGGACCUGCGGGACCUGCCCGAGAGCGAAUCAGAAGAUAGCGAUUGGGAAGUUCAGUCUGAGGACGAUCAGAUGUAUGAUGACAUUCGGGUGGUGGGACACAAAUAGGGUCGUCACAUGAGCCGUGCCCCCCCAACUUCCUCUAGUAAGCACAGUGGUACAGAACAAUAGAGGCUGCUAUUACAGACGGGCCUAGUUACCAGUGCCAGGACAAAGAAGGCCAAAGAUGGGCACAACCAAAGCUGAAGGCGGUGAAGAAAAAAAUGAAGAUUGCUUUGGAAGCUUUGGAAGAAUGAUGGAAUUGAUGAAGAACAAAAUCCAGAAUGAGUCAGAACAGUGAACCAGAAAGAUUCUAAAAGGCAUAACUCAAAGGAAAACCCAUAUUUACAAAAUACAAACUGGAUAUGAUGUACUAUAUUGUAUAUACAGAGAGAGAUUAUAUUUUUAUACUUGUAAACAUUUCACAAUUGUGUAUGACACUAGUGUAAGUAUUCAUUUAGCUCUAAUGUAGAUGACUGAAAACACCUAAAUUAAAAAUAUAAAUCAAAAUA